AUGUCGCGAAUCACGAAAGAAUUAGUUAGGAAACGAGCUGAGCAUAACGAAGGAGAAAUCGGUACCUUGGAAGAGCUCACACUGCAUCAACAAGAUAUAGAGAAGAUUGAAUUUUUGAACAAGAACUGCACAAAGUUAAAGAUAUUGUAUCUUCAAAAUAAUCUGAUUUCCAGAAUAGAAAAUCUAAAUCGACUGAAGCAGUUAGAAUAUCUAAACCUAGCGCUGAAUAAUAUAGAAAUUAUUGAAAAUUUGGAAGGUUGUGAGUCUUUGAAAAAGUUAGAGUUAACGGCAAACUUCAUCGGAGAUUUAAUCAGUGUUGAGAAUCUUAUCAACUUGGAGCACCUGGAAGAAUUAUACUUAAUAGGUAAUCCGUGUACAGAAUAUGAAGGAUAUCGGGAAUUUGUUAUCGCCACUUUACCCCAGCUAAAACUUUUGGACGGCGAGGAAAUAGGCAAGGCCGAGCGUAUUAAAUCCUUUCAAAAUAUUUCGACUCACUACAAGUCAAUAUUAGAUGCCCAAAAGGCGUAUUUCGAGAGACGGGUUCAGGAAAAAGCCCAUGCGUUAGAAAGAAAAGAGGCACUCGAGCGAAAAUUAAAGGAGAAUGAUGGUUUUUAUCGUAUCUUCCUUGUAUCCCGUAGAGAUAUUGAAAAGUUAGCUGCGGAAUUUUGGAAUGAAAAAAGUCCUUAUACACCUGAAUCUCGACUUGAAACUUAUGAGUUUCUUAAACUUCAAAAAGAGCAGAAAUCUGGUGCACCAUCUAAGUUAGAAAACCCCAAACCUAGGCGAACCGUGUUCUUCGCGGAAAAUGGUCGCCCUUACAAUAUAAAUGAGCCAAAGCAAGUUUUUACAGCAUUUAAAAAUUUGGAUACAAGCUUAAUAGACUGCGAUGUUCAAACGAAUUAUAUUCGUGUAACACUAAGAAAUAAAGUAAUUCACAUAUUCCUGCUCGUUGAAACGAAUUUUGGUCUUAUUCAGACACUAUUCCUUUUCAAGGUAUUCCAAUUAGCUUUACAUGAAGAGGUUCAUCCAGAUAGAUCAUCAGUUCAGAGAUCUCGAGUCACUGGCCGCUUACUCAUUCGAAUGCCCAAAGUCAAGACCUCUUCAGUAAUCGAAUCCUUGAGUACAACAAAAUCGAAACGCCUGACUGAUCUUACAAAGCAGUCGGCUGGAGAGAAAGAGGAAUGUUGUUCACUAAAAAUUCACUGUAACUUUGAGUCAUACCUAAAUGACAAGAAAGGGAAAUCGAACGAAACCCAGUCAAAUCUCCUUGAAGUUGGACCCUCCAAAGCAACAGUUGAUUGGCGAAAUAUUACAAAAUCAGAAUGCCCUCGUGAUCGAGGAGACAUGAAAGUAAAAAAUUCGUCAGCUACUAUCCGAAAGGAUCGGGAAAAUAGUCCCAGUUUUGUUGACAAUCCCAACGUUCCGCCAUUAGAAUGA